GGGAGCCAGUAACUGCCCUCACGUUAAGCAUACUGUUGGGGGCCAGUCUAGCCCGGCUAGGGACAGGAGCUGCUGCUUUGGUCAUCCAACAACAACGCUACUCAAGCCUGCGUGCAGACCUUGAGUUACUGGAACCAGUCAAACCAGAUUGCAGGUCAAAGUACAGAGUCACAAGGUAUUCAUGUGGUGAUGACUGCUGGACCACAGAAUGUCCCAACCCCGAUUCCCAGGGUAACUGUUUAACCACAGUGUCCCAACCCUAGUCUCCACCUGAGGGCAUCCCAUGAGAAACGGUGACAGGGACCCCCUCCCCCUUAGAAGUAAGAUUAAACACGAUCUGGGCACAACAAUACCAUUAUUUCUACCAGUGAAGAACUUCCUCAAGUUUAGCCUUAAACCCAAAGAUGCAAGAAAAUCCUCAGUCUGGGCUAAACUCCGCCCCCCUAGCCCCAGGAAGCCCCGCAUUCCGUAAUGGAUUGGUGCCAUUGGCUGUCACUCAGGCCCUAUGACAGAGGAGGGGGCGGGCUUAUAAAGUUACGCCGAGGUUGAGUUCCACGAGUUCGCCAUUUUCUGCCCUGUCAUUCCGAGACGUCGGUUGGCUGAGCCUGCGCGGGCACCGGAGACCGAGGGAAGUCGCCGGACGCUCCGAGACCGACCGGCCAUGGGAUUGGUAUUGUUUGAGGACGUAGCUGUGCACUUCACGCGGCGGGAGUGGCAGGAGCUGGACGCUGCCCAGAGGACCCUCUAUAGGGAUGUGAUGCUGGAGAACUACAGCAAUCUGCUGUUCCUGAAGCCCCACAUGGCCAAGCCUAAGCUGAUCUUCAAUUUGGAACGUGGCUAUGGGCCAUGGAGCCUGGCCGAAGCUUCAGUGCAGGGCUUCCCGGGUGUUCAUAAAGUGAGUGCCCUGAUUGACACCAGCAAGGAAAAUCCUAAGAUACUUCUGGGGCAACUUGAAAUAACUAACCAAAAGAUACCAAAUGAAGACUUGAUUGAAGCAAAACUGAAGACUCCACAGAAAGUCUACAAAGGGACAAGAUCAUGUCAUAGUAGAGCUCCUGACAAAACAUUUCACCAGAAGUUAAGGGAAAACAAGAACCAGACAUUGUACAGAGAAGAGAACCUCUAUGAAUGUAAGGAAUGUGGGAGAACUUUCUCUAAUAACUCAACCCUCAUCAAGCAUCGCAGAAGAACUCAUAAUGUACAGAACCGCUUUGAAUGUACUGAAUGUGGUAAAAUGUACCAUUGGAAGUCAGACCUCACUGCUCAUCAGAAAACGCAUAGUCAAGAGAGGAUCUAUGAAUGUAAAGGAUGUGAGAAAGCUUUCUUCCGUAGGUCUCAUCUCAAUGCACAUGAAAGAACUCAUACAGGUGAGAAGCCUUAUAAAUGUACAGAAUGCAAGAAAGCUUUCAAUUACAAGUCAGACCUUACUCGACAUAAAAAAACUCAUUUGGGUCAAAAGCCUUAUAAAUGUGAAGAGUGCAUGAAAGGUUUUUCCCGGAAGUCAAAGCUCGCUAUACAUCAGAGAACUCACACUGGUGAGAAGCCUUAUGAAUGUACAGAAUGCAGGAAAACUUUCUCCCAUAAGUCACAACUUACUGCACAUAGGAUAACUCAUUCAUCUGAGAAUUUUUAUGAAUGUAAAGAGUGUAAUAAAUCUUUCCACUGGAAGUGUCAACUCACAGCACAUCAGAAAAGGCACACAGGAAAAAGCUUCAUGAAUACAGAACACAGGAAAACCUGCCACAAGUCAGAAGUCACCGGACAUCAGAGAACUCAGAUCGCUGAAAAGCCCUAUGGAUAUGAGGAAUUCGGGGAAGAAGGAUUUCAAGUACUUACAGAAGAAUUCUACACUAAGUCAGACCUUACUGUACAUCAGGGAAAUUCAUAAUUGAGAAGCUUUCCAGAAUAUAGGAAGGUUUUCCAGUGCAAAUCUGACCUCACUCAUCAUCAGAGAUCCACAGAAAUGAGAAGCCACUGUGAAGAAUGCUGCUCAAGGUUAGCCCUAGCAACACAGAGCAUGUGAAGAGAAGCAGGGACACUGUCUGGACAGAACCUGCAUGACUUAUCUGCCAGCAGACUCCACCAAAGACAGUGUUAGAGCUCGGUGGUUAAGAGCUCUUGCUUUCUUUUAUUCUUUGGUUUCUCUGUGUAGCCUGGCUGUCCUGGAACUUGCUCUUUAGAUCAGGCUGGCCCCUAACUCACAGAGAUCCACCUGCCUCCAUGCUGGGACUAAAGGUGUGCUAUCAGUAGCUUGGGGUGGGGGGUCAUUCCCCAGCUACCACCAGGUUAUGCAAGAAAAUACACAAAUGCAAUGAAAGCUUAGGAAAAAUUCUCUCUCUGAAAAUAUCUCUGUCUCCACACAGUUAUAUCUCUUUACACACAGCUAUGUUUUCUACA